UUUGUUUGUUUGCAUUGAAAAUACGAAAAUGAGAUGUUAAUGGCUGUAUAGUUCUAUUCGGUGCCAUUAUUUAGCAGAAAUGAAUUCUUGUUGGCAUAAUGGCGGUUAUAAACGUCACAUGAUGUGAUAAUAACUGCUGUAGAUUUUAAAAGACUUUGAUUUAGCGGAUGUUGUGUGUUACAUGAAUACCUAAGAUUCUGAAGUAAUCACUGUAACCAGUUUCUGUUUACUGACUAUAACGAUAUGUUUGUUUAUAAUUUUGCAUAACCGCAUCUGUAAGUUUUACUUGUUCAUGUAUGUUUGACGUACUCACUGGUAGUUUGCUUUAAAGUCUGUUUCGAUACCUAAAUGUAUACAACAUUGGAAUCAGUAUUUAUAGAAUGGCAAAGGUGUCUAUUGGGUCAAGACAAUUGUGGAACAAUUGUUUGUAUUGCCCUAACCUAGAAUUUAAAACCCAACAUGAAUUCACAAGGCACUUGCGGGAGAGGCACUGCUCACGGGAAGGGGGCUCGUACGUGUGCCAGUACGGCUAUAACGCCGUGUGCUCGUCCCUGCCCGUGGAAGGAGUGAGCGACCGCGACUACGAAGACCAUGUGUUCAGGCACCACGUGUUCACCAGUCACAUGGCGACCUCCAGCCAGGCCGGUCGGAAGGGGUACUUCAGGAAGAUGUCGCCCCAACAAGGCAGCGAUCAGCCCAACGUGGUGUCGGCGAGCGAACAGUGGACCGUGUACUCUGCGUCCCAGAACCUUCCAGCCGUCCUCAAUGACCCCAACAGGGGCAAGCAGCGAGAUUUCUUCACGAAGACUUGGGGUGAUGGUUUUGUGGAAAAGACUGAUAUUGGCAAACCAAGCUACAUACCAGACAUCACGCAUGCUCACUUUGAAUACUACAUGAAGAAAAUAGCUAAGCGUUAUCGGAGACACACACUAAUGAACAAAUCAUCACCCAAAAAGAGUUCAAGUGCCAACUUAAUGCAGAUUUUCCCAAAUCUGAAGGCAGCAAAGUAUUUUGAGAAGUCACAUUUUGAUGUGGACAGCAUCCCAAAGAUAUUCCUCCAGCCAUCGCUGGACCUGUCAAGCUUGGACACUUUCAACGAAGUGUUCCCAUUUUGGAAGGAGGCUGCGACCUCGACCACAGCCACGCCGGGCGACAGGGCCAGCAGCUCCCAGAACUCCGGCAAACUGGUCCAGGAGAAGCUGACCCACUACCUGGACACGGUGGAGGUGCAGAUCGCGCACCAGGUGGCCCAGAAGUCCCAGUCCUUCUUCCACGCCAUGACCUCGCACGAUGCCGUCAUGGAGGAGCUGACUCAGACCAUCACCGUGGUCAAGGCCCUCAGAAAGAAAGUUUCCCACAUCGACAAUGCUCUCAUCAAAGAUUCCUUGAAGGUGUUGUUGUUGGAGCGAAAGAGGUGCAACUAUAAUGCAGUGUGUGACAAACUGAAGCUGAUGGCGACGGUGCACCAGACGCAGCCCAUGAUCCAGCUGCUGCUGUCUGCGCCGGACUACGUGGCCGCGCUGGACCUCAUCUCGACCACGCAGGAGAUCCUGCUGCAGGAGCUGGCCGGCGUGCAGUGCUUCAGGCAUUUGGGCUCGCAGCUCCAGGAGAUGGAGCGACUGAUCGACAAGAUGCUGAGCACUGAGUUUGAGCGCUACGCAACGGCAGACCUGAACCGCCCACUCGGGGACGACCACAAGGUCCUGGAAGUGGAGAAGUUGGUGUCGAUCAUUUUUGGAAUUUUGCGUCAGAAGCAUUUCCACUUUGUUGAUACCUACAAGGAAGAAGCAUUCACAACGAUAAAAGCAAUUGUGAAGCAGGUGGUGAUAGAGGUGGUGGCGGCCAGCGACUGCAGCGACUCGGAGGUGGCGCUCACGGGUCUCGGGGACCAGCUGCAGGACCUGGGGCUGCAGGACUGGCUGCACCUCAUGGAGCGCUCCACCUCCACUCUGCUGCGCCUCCUCCAUCGCGUCAAGGCAGUGCAUAGUGUGAUGCAGCAGGCUGCAGACGUGUGUGCGGGAAAAGUUCCAGAAACUACAGGUCUAGAGGAUGAUGGGAAACCAGAUUUCUGCGUGUCUGUCUCGCCGGACCCGCUGGACAGGUUCCUGAGCGCGGAGGAGCACGCCCGGGUCACGGCGUGCCUGCAGGAGCUGCUGACCUCGGUGUGCGACUGCGCUCACGAGCGGCUGGCGCAGUUGGUGCUGGCCCCGUCGCAGCAGCCGGGCACACACUCCUCGUCGCAACCCCUCUACUGGCUUGUCGAUAAAGCAACAGCUUUGCAGGUGUGCAACCUCGCAAGGGUAAUCGACAACUUUGCAGACGGCUGUGAGAAGCUUUGUGGCAGAGCUAGCACUGCACUCAAGUCUGCUUUUAAAUUCCAGGCCAGUAAGUUUGUUCAGCGUUUCCAUCUUGAUCGCAAAAACAAGUUGGGUCUCAUUCUGGACAGUGAGCGCUGGAAACAGGCAGAUGUUCCUUCAGAGUUCCAAGAUCUCGUGGACCAUAUUGUAGCUGAAGGGAAGUUCCUAUCACCGAAGCACACCCCAGAGAACAGCGUCAGCGAACGCAAGCCUGGCAGCGUGCUCCUUGUGGCCGGUGAGGAGUACGCAGUCGUGGGGACGGUGCUGCUGCUGCUGCGCAUGGUGGCGGAGUACUGCGAGUGUGCGGGCGACCUGCCGGCCUCGGCGCCCACCCUGGCCCGCCAGCUGGGCGAGCUGCUGCAGCUGUUCAACUCCCGCUGCUGCCAGCUGGUGCUGGGAGCCGGCGCCCUGCAGCUCGCCGGCCUCAAGACCAUCACCAGCACCAACCUGGCGCUCGCGUCCCGCGCCCUGCAGUUGCUGCUGUGGCUGCUGCCGCCCCUGCGGCGCCACUUCCGAGGUCUGGUGGACGCUCAGCAGCAGGCAGGCGGCCGCGGCGUGGGCUUCCUCGACACUGUGGAGAAGGACGUGCAGAGCCACAUCCAGGAGAUAGAGGGCAAGGUGCUGACGAUAAUCUGCAGCCUGGUGGCCGGCCAGUUGGCGCAGUGGGACGCCCGGCCGCCCGUGCCUUCCCAGGCCUUCCGCAACAUAUCCAGGCACCUCACGAAGCUGCACGAAGCAGUCUCGUCCAUCCUGCCGGCCGCGCAAGUCCACAGCCUGUACCGCACGGUGCACCGCACCUUCAAGGACAAGCUGCGGGACCAGCUGCACAAGAUGAACGUGGUGAACAACGGCGGGCCACAGCACGGGGUUGUGACCUCAGAGCUGACGUUCUACCUGGAGACCCUGAAGACGCUGGGGGCGCUGCCGGCUGACGAGCUCUCCCGGGACACGAUGGAGGACAUCUGGCAGCAGAGAUAACACCAGCACCGCGUGAGCGACAUCCUGUAUGCAUUGCGAGUCCGCAGAGGCGACGGUCUGCAGCUCGACUACUGCUGAUGACUGACCGUGUGGAUCUCGUUGUACAAUUCAUAGGUCGUUAUCAAAAUUUAUUUAUUGAACUGACUUAUUAAUACAUUAUUAUUGUUAGAAAUAUAUUUUUAUGUUUCUUGUGUUCAUAAUUUUAUUGAGAAAGACAUGUACAUACAACAUACUGCAGAUAAUGCUAGCUUUAAACACAUUGUUUGUGUGCCAUUUUCAUGACAUAAUUAAGAAACUAAAUGGUUUAGGUGUACUUUUUUUGUAAGCUGUUGGGUUGAAUGCCUGUAAAUUAUACUAAUGAUGUGGACAGUAUGUGAUUAUAAAAAAAAAGACAUGUUUCAGUUAACACAGUUAGAAAACAGAACAUCUGUUUAUAUAUUAUAAACUCAUUGAUUAAAUUGAUAAUGCUCAGAACAGUUUUUUAAAGUAAACUAAAGCGAGGCACACACUUAAUUGUUAAACAUUCCACAAAAUAAAUGUUUUUGAAACAUGUAUUGUGUGUUUAUUUUAUAAAGUAUCAAAGAUUGCAGUUGCAAUGAGAGCUAGACUGGUGCUGAUAAUGAUGACUACUACCAGUCAAACAAAUAUGUGUUAUCCGUCAUCUAAAAUUCUUUGGGGUGGUGAUAAUUCAAUGUUAGAAUCUUUUAGUUUUCAUAGUUAGACUUUGGUUGUAGAUAGAUUUUGACAUUUUACCAUCUUACUUUAAAGGUUUUAUUUUUUUUAAAACAGUCAGGUCAUAUUACAUUGAGGUCAUCAUAAAAUUUUAUGUUUGUCUUAAAUGUAGGUGGAUCUAGUUCUUCCCAUUUGAGAUUGAUAGUCAAUGGUUCCAAUUAUUUAUGAUUUUGUUUAUGUUAUGCCAGAUAUUAAUGGGAGAAUCUGUGGCAUUCAAGAAUACAGACCCCCAUAAGUACCGUGUUUACCCACGUAUGGGUUUGAAACUUUAUGCCGAUUUUUUUUAGUUUUCCACUUGGGGUAAAAAAAAUUAACAUUGGACUGUUGUGGUUGACUACAUGCUUCAAUAACUAACCUGUCAUGAAUAAAUAUAAAUUGUUUAAUUAAAAUAGAUCAUUAGUGUGUUAAGCAUCAUGAACUGCUACGUUGGCUGCCGGGCUGCUGGGCUGGCGCUGGGCAACAGGGAGAAUCUAAAAAUAAACCAACCAAAGAGAGAGAAAAGGGGGAUGGGUAGGGAGGGUGCGUGCGUGUGUGUUUGAGUGUGUGUGACCAAGCAGCAGUGUUUAUGGUUCUCCCUACCUCACUCAUCAUUGUAAAUGUUUGUGAACUGGCACCAUACUCAAUCAUCACGUUUAUAUCUCAACAGGUUUUUGUGAUGCAACUGUGUACAAACAUUGUUUUUGCAUGAGCUUUCCUACAUUUUCUACUGCAACAUUUCAUAACUGCUGUAAAGAGCAUGCUUGAUGUUAUUGCAGGGAACUGGCAAAAUAAAAUUGACAAGAAAAUAGCCUGCGGUCUUUUCUCUCUUGGGGAAGGGGACGGGUAAAACAAAUG